AUGAGUGGAACUUAUUCGGGGCUACAGAAGCGAAUCAACGAUAUUGUACCUAAUGCUAUGUAUGUUCAUUGUUGUGCCCAUAACCUGAACCUUGUAGUUUGUGAUGCAGCCAAGAGUUCUGACAAAGCAAUGAGAUUUUUUGAAACUGUACAAUUUGUAUUCAACUUUUUUGGUGGAAGUGCUCCAAGAUGGGCAUUAUUGACUCUUGGAGAAGAUAAUGCAACGGCAUUUCGUAAAAAGGUUCUAAAAAAAGUAUGUGCUACACUCUGGGAAGCUCGAUAUAGUGCAGUAUUUGCACUUAAAGAAAGAUUUGUUGAUGUGCUCAAGACUCUUACAGUAAUUAGUCUAACCAGCAAGAAAAAUGAAGAGAUUGUUCACAGCAAAUCUUUGCAAAAAAAAUUGAAAAUAUAG